AUAUAUAUAUAUAUAUAUAUAGAUAUAUAAAUAGAUAUAUAGUGUGUUUUACACGGAUUAACUUUAUAUAUUCCGAAAACAGCGGUUCUCAAUUCCGGUCAACGGACGUAGAUUUAUUUGAGAGGCUUUAAAACAAAGCAAAAGCUGUUUUUAAUGCAAGAUAAAAACGAACAACACGGCUUUCUUCUCUGUUUCAAAUUGAGAUUUUUUUUUUGUUAAACCAAUUAAUCAGCACAAACAAGGCCGUUUUUUCCUCAUUGAUUGUCUACAUUUAUAUCCAGAGUCGAAAUUCUAUUGCUUCUGUAGAAAAUAAAAUAGAUUUUUGCUUAACGAUUUUUAAUUAAAGGCAUUGACUUUGACUGAUUCUGUAGAACAAAUGUGCAGUGUCCUUUUCUGUAGGCUUUAAUUUCGUUUUGCUCCAAAUUCACAGCGAAUUAUUAUACAUCUGAUUUAGCAUAUUAAAUCUUUUUUGGCUAGACGCCUGCUUUCCUUUGUUUACAACUGAUAUACUAUGGCAGAUGCAUAGAAAGAAAUGUAAAAUAACACAAAAAAAGAGGGGGAUGAUACACGUGCAUUCUUUUUUAAAUGGUAUUUUACAUAUCCAUGUAUUUAAACUUUUAGUUAUUGGGUUAGGGAUUCCAAACGUUAGCAGUGUGGGUCUUUAUAAUUUAUUUACUUUUUAAUAGCCAUUAAAGUACCACAUGUAUUUUAGUUGAUUAUUUAAAAUAUUUAUAUUCCCUUACAAGUCUUAUGUUUGUAAUAUUAGUUUAAAUAUUUUGAAAGGAGAAACAAUUGACAUUUUCCUUUCGUUUUGGCUUUAAUCUUUUUAAGCGAGCACCCCGCACCACAUGGUGUAGGCUGGGAUUAUAUUUAGUUUUGGGAUGCAGUGCUUUAUAUCCUCCAAACAUAGAAUUAGGCCCUGUGCCUUCAUGCCUCAGAAUAUACAUUUUAUCUCAUCUGUGGGCACACACAAACCUGAGAUGAGCAGCAAUUUUUUGGGAGGAGGGGUCAGUGGUUUCCUCCAUGUUGUUCAUUAUUUAUACUAAUCUUGUCCAAUGGUUUUCCAAUAGUGGAAAAUCUAUAUUGUUUUUGGGUGCCGACAUAUUCCGUAGCGCUGUACAAUGCAAUGGCGUUUUCAAGGUUGCAUAUAAAUAUCGAUUGAUAGAGGAGGUAAAGAGUGGCCUGUUCAUUAGAGCUUUACUCAUGAACAGACAUUUCUGCAAAUUACCAUAGGGUUCCUUUUCACCUCUUUCUUGCCUGAUCAAUCUAGUGAUAUCAGCUACAGGACGGAAUUUCCUCCAUUUGUAAUCUAUUUGAUUUACCUCAGCUUGAUGAAUGCCCAUGCCUUUAGUAAUGCUUAUUUGUAGCCUGAUACAGUUUUUGAACAUCUCUAUUUCUCGGCCCAUCUCUUGAUUUUGUCAGAACCCAAAAGCUUUUUUUGGAUCAGGGCACCUCCAGUCUCGUCUUCUUGAUUGGAACACCUGACUCCAAUUAGCUUUUGGAGAAGUCAUUAGCUAGAGAGGGUCACAUAUUUUUCCAACCUGGACUGUAAAUGUUUAAACAAUGUGCUCAGUACUGACAAGAAAUACAAUUACUUGUGUGCAAUUAGUUUAGACAGAUUUGUGUUAGUCUAAUCUAACAAAAAACUGCGUUGUUUUUUUUUUAGUAAUACAGAAAACCAAAUAAUUCGUUUAGAAAUAUGUAUUACUGAUCCAGAAUAUAAUAUAUACAUAUAUUAGGUGCUUGUCCUGUUUAUAGUAGUACCCUAUUUAUAUGUAUGCAUUGAGAACUUGCACAAAGGCCCGCAUAGUAUAUGUUCAGUCAAGGGCGUAACUAUAGAGGAAGCAGACCCUGCGGUUGCAGGGGGGCCCAGGAGUGUAGGGGGCCCAGUGAGACCCUAAUUAAUGAGCAAUUUUAAUAUAUCUUGGUAAAAUAGGCCAAUUUAUAAAUAUUUUGGGGCCCUAAAUUGAAUUUGCUAUGGGGCCCAGUAACAACUAGUUACGCCACUGUGUUCAGUACAGUAUCUAUAUUUAUAGUCGUAUAGCUUUAUUUAGGAGUACUGCCCAGGCUGCUGAUUGAAAGCACAAAUCCUAUUUGGAUGGCUCAUGGUAAGAGUGAAUGCUGAUCUGACUUGCCACGAUGGUUUGUUUCAGUUUAUUUAUCUGUGUGUAUUACAUACAUUUAAUUAACAGAUUGGUGUUUUUAAGGAAAAACAAUCGGAUUUAGUGAUAAUGCAACACACAGACCACAACCAUUUUGUGGCUUCAUUUGUGUCCCAAAGAGUGUCGACAUAAUACUGAUGUUCUCUUGCCAUUUGCAGAAAAUUAAAGACUUGAACAUUUUAUUAUCACGUGUUACUACUGCUUAUUACUGCUUUGUACAGUAUUUAUAUAUAAAAAAUAAGGCAAACUGAGCUAGGGCCUCUUAUUGGGGAUUUGCUAAUGAUCCUGUAUUGCUACAUAUACUGGCCCCCACAACAAGUAGUUAGUCAUCUUGCAGUUGAGACUGAGCUCGCCCAUUUGGCACUGGUACAGAAUAAAAUAGGUGCAAGUGGUGUUGAUCAUUGUGCAGGAAGCCCAAGAUUUUUACACAAUGAUAAAGAUAACUCAUUGUUUGCACUUGGUUUUUAAGACUGAACUUUAUUUUAAUGUUUCUUAAAAAUAGAGCACCUAUUCAUUUAAACCAACAGCCUGUAAUCUGCUAAUAACGGUUAAUUUUAGGGUUAUUAUUAGCACAGUCGUUUAAAAACACAUGAAGUUGCAAUGCAUUGUCUGUAUGGAAAUAUAAAUAAAAAAACAUAAGUAUGUAUGUGUGUGUAUAUAGGUAAUGAGCUCUUCCUCUUAAUAACAUCAAAAAGUUCAGUGAAUUGUCCCUAAGAUAAUUAAUUAAGUCCAACCAAAAGGAGCAUUAUUUUUUUACUGGAGAAAAAAAACCUUAUGAAAAAGGGACCAAGCUAUAAUUGUACACACGUAACUGGUCUUCUAAGUGGGUCUGACAAAUGAAACAGUAGUUAUCCAAAAACUGUCUGUGUUUCUGAACUGGUUCACAUUUUUGCUUUUUAAGAAAUGUUGAUCUUGAGUGCAUUUAGACCAUAUUGGUAGUGUUCUUCUGAUACAGAACAACGGUGUGUUGCGCCUGGCGCAGAGCACUGGAUGGCAGUGUUGAUCGUGUCUCUGGGCGACUGGCUUCCCAGGCAAGAAUAGUCGGAUUCCCCUCGGCCUCUUCAACAGCUUUGCUCAUUUUCAUUGCGUGAGCCUGAGGCAGUGGCCGCCUGGCCGGGCCUGUAGAGAGGGAAAAAGUCUUUCCAGAAGGGAAUGCUGUGUGCUCAUUUAUCACAGAGCUGUCCGUCAUCCCAAAUCAGCCGCUCUCAAUAGCAUUGAUCUGCCCAAAGUCCGUGUUUGCACUGAUUAGUUUGCACUAAUAACUAACAAUGCCGGCCUGUAAUAAAGCUUAAACUGGGCGCACAAGUCUCCCUGCUGCAUUUCACUCUUAUUAUGCGGGCCCUCCGUGGGGAUUGAGGACAAUAGGCUCUCUUCCCCCGUGUCAUUCCUGCACUAUCACGUCCAAUAUGGACUGAUGAGAGAGGUUUAAACUAUCUCCAGCUCGCCCGGAGGGACACAUGGGAUUGAGACCGUAGCCCUCUCAAGUCUGUUCUUACUGUGGUGGGCGAGAGGGUUUGUUGCUAGGCCUGUGUGUAUAUAUAAAUAUACAGCACUAUCGGGCAAUGAUUGGCACUUAAGAUAGCAACGUGGGAUAUACAUUUAAAUAUUCAUGUGUCUCCACCACCCCGAGGCCUCAGAACAGUCCCUGUCCCUGGUCAUUUCUGCGAGUGCAUCCCUGAGUGUGAGAGGGGCUGCCAGUGGCCUAUGUUACCUUUCACUCCUUCCACUAAUAUAACCUUAUUUCUACAUGCGCCAACUCUUCCAUAAUGUCGCCUGCCUCCUGUAGAAGUGGACUGAGCGAGGCGGAUAUUGUUGUAGGGAGAAUAAUAUACACUAUUUCCAUUGUGGUUUACUAUCUCAUAUAAAGCUCCUGCUGUAACACUCGUGCAUCCACAAACACCAAAAUCACCAAAUCAAUUCAUGUGCAGGUAACAGGAGACUUGGGGACAUUUCACUUUCAUUUCCCCUAUACCAAUUAUAGAAUGAUUUCUAUUUUAACGUUUUGAGUCUAUGAAUGCAAGUCGCAGAGGCCCGGUGAGAGUCAGAUGGAGAGCACUCGCGCUGGAUGGAGAAGAUGUAGGGGCAAAGUGGGCACUGAUGGAAAAGCCAAUGGACAAGGGCAGACUCCCCGCACAAAUAUCCAAACCAAAUACAGAUGCACACGUGUGUUUUGUUUGUUUUUUAUAUUUCUGGGAGGAAAUUGUGAUAUGUUCUUUGCACAAGCCUUAGAUAAAUAGUUACAUAUUUCUCACAAAGUCUCUGCUAUAUCCCUACAUAUCUAAGCUUUGGAUCAAGCCCAGGGUCUUAGGUAGGUAGGGUCUGCUGCAGAAUUGGCUUUGUUUCUCUGCUCCCAUCUCAGGCCAAAAGUCGGCGCAGCGAAUACCCGCGUGGCGAUUAAAUGUAAGUCAUGGCGUUUAUUUUAGCUUUAAUGCGGGGUAUCUAUGUAGACAUGUGUGGCAUAUGUCUAUGCACACAAUGUGUAAGUGUGCCACCACAUCACAGUGUUAAAAUAAACGAGUGCUUCUUCAGUAAUUCUGGAUCCAGUGAUCUCAUUUCGCACCAAACGCACAUCACUAUGGAUUUGGCCCACGCAAAAUGCACUUUAUAUAUGAUCUAAAAUACACACAAACAUUAUUUAUUUAUAAGUAAUCUACACAUGAUUUGUGUGUAUUGUGGUCAUUAUUACAGCUGUUUGAGUGCUGUCAUAAGUGACUAGAAUACUUACAGGAAUAUAAAGAGUGAAACAUUUUGACGAUUUUUAUUCUAUGUGAUGUCCCGAUGCCUGGCGACUAUUUAGACUGACCCAAAGCAAUGAUUUAUGGCAGAGGAUACUAAGGGGCUUUGUCCUCGGGAGGGAGAUGUGGUGUGCCUGGGUUAGAAUGGCUAGGGCACAGGUAGAAAGAAAAGGGAACCAAGCCGGACGGUCUCCUAUCAACUACCUAUUACUGUAGAUAUUACUUGUAGAAUCCAUAUACUUAGGAUACAACCACAACAGCGAUGACUCUAAAAAAAGGUUUAGAAGGCAUUAAAAUUACACUAGGAGACACCUAGGUUAUUUGGUUGCUGCUCCCCUGCCCUUUUACUAGUGGUCUAUACUGUCGCCCUUUCCAGUAAAAUGUUUAUGCAGGUGGGGCGUUACCCUAAGAUGUUAGAUGCCCCCACGUCUUGCCUUGCACGAGGCGCACAAUAAAGACGAUUUGGGUAAGAACAGCAGCUCCUGUGCUGAAUGAUCCCAUUCAAACCAGGCUGCCUCUAUUACCCAAGCACACAGCUGCUUGUGGGGAGGGGGCCACCUCGGGCCUUCCAAUGUCGGCUUGUGCUUUACCAAGAGUCAGACCAGCGUCUCCAGUACCAAGGCAUCAAAGUCGGUGUUAAAAGGAAUCCCGUGUAACGGCCCCCGAUUUGCUGGAAUCGGUUCGGCACAUGUGGUCUGGGACCUUGGCAUUGGAGACUAGUGGAGAGGAUGAUCCCGGAGCAGCUGGAGGAGCCCGGCCCCGGGACCUCCCACUAAGUAAGCGCUGUUUUUUCCACUACGCCUCCCCGGGAUGGACGGCAGGGAAUUUGUGCCUCCCUCUCACCUAAGUCACCGAGGAGCCGGCCGAAUGAACCCGCCUGCAGGCCACAGUGCGGUACAGCAUCCUGGCCAUUUCCAGGCAACUAAAUACUUUUCCUCCCCAUUACCCAUGGCGACCCAUACAGCUGGGAGCGGUUUAAUGGCAAACUCCUCACCCUCUUUCAUGGGCAGUUUCCUGAGUAGCAGCCUGGGUUCAGCAGCAGCAUCAGCGCAUACAACAGGAGCAUCAAACUCCCCCCAAGAAACUACCUACAGGGGACCCCAUGGGGCUGGCACCUCCCAGAUCUGGUUCUCUCACUCCCAUGAAGGUUAUCCCCGUUUCUCUGCCAGCCUGGCCUCUACAUUUCUGCCCAUGAGCCACCUGGACCACGGGAACAGCAAUGUCUUGUAUGGGCAGCAUCGUUUUUAUGAGUCCCAGAAAGAUAAUUUUUAUUUGAGAAAUCUUCCAGCACAGCCUACUCUUUUGUCUGCCAAUCUCAAUUAUUCAAGUAUAGCCCGAGCAGCUUCUGGCCACCCAAUUGGUUCCUGUAGCAGAGACAGAGAGAACAACUAUCUGCAAAAGAAAGACCAUGAACGUUACCAAGGGAGCACAGAUCUAAAUAAAGAAAAGAUGAACAAGGGGGACCUAAAGGAGCGACAUAUUGAAGAGGAGGGCAAGGAGAGACAGAAAUUGUUGUUGCCUAUGUCUCUCGAUGGUCAUUUCAAGGAUGAUCUUCACCAGAGAGGCUCAUGUGACAACCGGACCAAGCAUCUCAAUUCUUGCCUGAUGACCUCAAAGGUGCUCAAUGGCGAUCCAGGUAAGGCAAUGCUGUCAAGCUGCACAAUGGGAGCAGGAAUGCCCAGACAGGGGAGCCAGAGCCGAUGUGCCAAAGACAUAAUGAGGUCUGACAAAACAUACCCUCAGCAUGAUCCCCAGCAACCAUACAGUGAGUGCCUGGAAAGGAGGCAAAUGCUUCAUCACUCUGUUUCAUAUACAGUCCCGUCCAGUCUACCCAGCAUUCCUCCUCCACUGAACACCUCCACUGGCUCAUUCCCCUGUCUCCAGCUGCAUUCCAACCCAGAUGUAGUGUGCUCAUUGCAGGAAAAGGCUGGCAGGGAUCUGAAAAUGGGCAGGCCCACAUUUGUACCUUCUGUGGGGCGCUUCACUGACAAAAGCCGGUCUUUUCAGGUGACCCCGGAGAGUUGCCAUGUGGACAGAGGAGAGGGAAAAGAUAAAGGCCACGAACUAAACUCUGAUAUCCAUCUCCAAGGUUCUUAUUCAAACACCUUUUCCCACUUGAAAACUGAGAAUAAAGGGGAGAGGCGGUUGGAAUGGCAACAAAACUCGGCCACCAGGAUCAAAAAUUUAGAAUUUUUGCACAGUGGGGGCUCUGAACAUGCUAUGCAGAGGGGCAUGGAAAAAGGGGGUUACUUUGAGAUUCCUCAAUCACAAGACUGCCCUCGUCCCAAUCACCAGGAUACACACUGUGUAAAACCUAGUCAGUCCUGUUGCACUUUAGACAGGCCCUCCAAAGACCCACAGACACAUAGUUCUCAGAAGGUUGCUCGGAUACGACACCAACAACACAGACCUACUGAAAUGGAGCAAACGGGAAGUGGCCAGGAUGGGAAAAGAAAGACCAUUGAGCUGAAUUCCUUGGGCUACAAUGGACCUCCCCUUCCCCCAUGGACUGAUCCUGCUGUCUCAAUAAGUGAGGAUAGAAAGAACUCAUACCUUGACCCUUUUAGCACAAGUUUACAACAGGCUGCGCUAAUGACCCCAGGGCCAUCACUGAGCCAGGAAAUGCAAGGCCCAACUGAUGAGGUCUCUGCUAUGAAAAACCUGCUAAAGUACAGCAAUCAAGCACUUAUUGUGGGUCAGAGGGCCCCAUUUGUGGGCUUAGGGAACAUGAAGGCCAGUUGCUCACAGCAAGAAAUGAAAUUUCACUCCAGCAAAUGCCAGCCAGAGCAAGAGCGCAUGGACUGUGCCAGGAGUCGGGAGCAUGAGAUCUCUCAUGGAGAUGGAGAAGUCAGGCAGCCUCCAGUUGGUAUAGCAGUGGCAGUUGCACGUCAGAAGGAUACUGGGACCCGCCAAGAUCCUUCAUAUGGUGCAGGUUCCAGUCGGCAGAGCAGAAAUACCAUGGAACCGAAAGGUACACAGAGCAGGAAUACUUCAAGAUCACAAAACCUUGCAACUGGUUCUGGCCGAUCCAUGCAUAUUAUUGACUUGGACGCAGAUGAAGAAAGGAACCGCCUUUGUGAUGAUAGGCUGGGAAUUUCUGGGCGGGACAUUCUCAUGCAGGACAAUAAAGACUUGGUGGAGUUUGCUCGAAUCCAUCCUUCGAGUGGUUGCCCUGGAGAUCUUACCCCUCACCUCAUGAUAGCAGGUGGUUCUUCCCUUCAAGCUAGCCAGUUAGGAGGAGAUCCUGCGUCACAUAGCCACUCUACGCACCCUCAUUGGCUACCGAGAACUAGAAGUCCCUCCAUCUGGAUGGGGGGGCAUUCCUAUAGUAUCAGUCACCCGGCUCUACACCAAAAUCUUCCCCCUGGGUUUCCCACUUCCAUGCCCAGUGCCAUGCAACCAGUGUUCCCCCUAUCGCAGGAACCACCUGCACAGUUGGUUAUUCUACCUCCAGACCCUUCUCCCCACACUGCUUCACACCCUCUGGCUGAUGUCAUGGAUCAAGCUUCCCUCUGGCCCCCUAUGUACCCUGGUCGAGGGCCUGCUUCUCACCUACAGCACCCAGGACAGCUACCAGUCUAUUCGCGGUCACAGUUUCUUCGACAACAGGAGCUCUAUGCCCUACAGCAGCAAAGGGCAGCCCAAGCAUUGGAACUUCAGAGGCAAAGCCACCUGCAGAGGAAGCCAGAGGAUCACCUGCCAGAACCUGAAGAUACCACAGAAAAGACCAUUAAGUCACACAGUAAAACAGACACCUUAAACACUUCCAAGAGCCAGACCCCAUCUGCCCUACUGCUGCCACCUCCAUCUGCACCUGCACCAUCAAAACUGUCUCCCUGCUGCCAUUCACCAGCUAUAAGACCUCCAUCAUCCAAAUGCCAAACUCCACGGCCACUGGCCCCAUGCACUUUACCUGCCUGUCCAGAUGUCAGCUCUGUAUUGGUGCCUAGCUCCCCAGCUGUUAGCCCAGUGCCCAUUCAGAAUGCCAAGGGCAAUGAGAGAGAAGAAAGGAGGGGGGAGGGGCAGCCCCCCAGAGACUAUCCCAAAUCACUGGAGCCAGAUCUGCCUCCCGGAUAUACCUACCCAGAUGUUGUUCAAUCUUACACUUCACCACACCAUGUGCACUCCGCAGAUCCUGCUGACACAGAAUCUAUGCAAAAAGCAUCAGCUGCAGCUGAACCCGAACAGUCUAGGACGUUUACUCCCACCAAAGAACCUUGUGACACAUUUGUGUCAGGUGACUCAUUGGAACUCAACCAGGAAUUGUCUAAUUUGGGGGAGACAGACUUAAAUGAAAUCUGUGUUAAACUACCCCAAAGGUCCCAAGACUUGGAAUGUGGGGAAGCUGCUGUUGCUGCAGACAGGUGUACAGAUAAGGCGGAGAAGAGUAAAGACAAUGUAGAAGAGGUACAACCUGUGCAUGAGGAGGUUGAUAGGGAAAAAGAAUUAGAGGAGGAUGGUGCGCUCAUUGACACUUCUUCUGAACAGCUGCUAAAUGAUUCACCAGCUGCUUCUUUGACCACAGAGGAGACAAACAUUGAGACUAGUGAGGAAGUUCCUGCUUCGUCAGUAGACGUCUAUGGUCAAGAGUCCAGAGACCCUGAGGGAACAGAAGUUAAGUCCUUAUCUAUAUCCCAGCAUUCAUCCCCAGCUCCAUCCAUUCACUAUGACUCUUUAUAUACUUUGGACACACUGAUAGCAGCCAGUAUUUCUAUUGGAGAACUUCCAUCUCUUCAGGAUGAGGGAAGUAUCUGCGGCCCAAACAUUUCACCCCCACUUCCCAACUCAGGUAUUCAUGGGAUUGCUCUGCUCAGUGAGUUGGCAGAUCUAGCACUGCAGGAACAGCCUAAAUACACUACACAAACCAAUGAAGAUGAGUCUGUCGUGUCAGACCUUCAGGUUUUUGCUACCAUUGCCACAGCAUGGUGCCUGGCAGAAGCUGCCAUUCUGGAAGGUGCGCCCCCUGGCUGCCCUAUUCCCUACUGUCUCAACACCACCCCUCGAGUUCGUUUGUCACGCCGAACAUAUACUUGGAUACCAAAAACUAAAAUGGUAUGUCCCUUGAAGGCUGCCAUAGAUGAUCUAGACACUCAGGAGGUGGACAUGAGGAUGAAGCUGGUGGACAUCCAGCGCAGGUAUAAAGAGAAACAGCGGGAGCUGAUUAAGCUGCAAAGAAGGCAUGACCAUGAGAAGGAAGAAAGUUCCAGAAGUCCAGUCCGCAGAGGACCAGGCCGACCCAGAAAACGACCACACUUCCGUAACCCAUCUUCACACCGGUCAAAUGAGAACAAGAAAGCCAAAUCACUGAAUAAAAGUUUACAACUACUGUGUAUGGAGUUGCAAACCGAUGGGGAACCAAUGAAAAAGAAGAUCAAGUUUUCAGAGGAAUGUUAUAGCAACCAAGAACACCCACCUGCAGCAGUUAAGAUGCAUUGUAAAAAGACCGUUAGUCCUCAGAAAAAGCUGUCAUCCAAACUGGCACAAAAGUUUUCCAAGCUGAAGAGUAAGGCUUUGGGGGCAGCUGGCGGUGCUUUUUGCAAUAAAGAUUUGCUCCCUGCAAGUAAGAUUCAGAAGAAGCUACCAUUCCACAAAGGGGCAGAUCUGAUGGUUAAACAAAGAUUGGAACGAAAAGGCCAGGAGAGACUGCAGCUAGCUAACAGCACAGAGGGUCCAGAAGAAGGGGAGGUAGACAACGAAGAAGAUUCUGAGAGUGAAGAAGAACAGGACCUCCCAGGGGUGGCCACCCAUGAUGCUAGUCUUGCUUUGCACACUGCUAUCAGCCCUUCUUUGGUUGGUCCUUCUCCAUCAUCUGUGGUAAAAAUGGAAGCUAACCAGAAAGCAAAGAAGAAAAUUGAAAGGCAGGGUCUGUUAGGGUCCUACUGUAGUAUUAUUAGUCCAGAGAAUGAAGUUAAGAUCCGCAAGCGUUCUGCAAAGCUGGAUUCACAAACUCUUUCCAUGAAACCCCUCAUGAAAAAAUCCCUGAGCCUAGCGAGCGAACUUAAAGGGAACUUGCGGCAGAGUGUUCCUUUGGGUACUUUGCCAUAUACUCCCAGCAAGAGUCUGUUUGGUUCUCCAGCCCUGUCCCUGAAGAAGGACAAGAAGAACAAAGAAUUACAGAGAAAGAAUGGAGUACUGAGUCUCUCCUUGACAUCCAGAGGCCCAAAAAGUCUUAAACAAGGACUGGUAAAAUCCAAACAGGAGAGAGGCCGAGCUGUUAGCCGGCUCCUACAAAGCUUUGCUGUAGAAGAUGACUUCCAGUUUGAUGAUAACAGCAGCUUUUCAGAAGGAGAGGAUGAUGCAAGCCCUGCUGGUGGCAAAAGUAAAGACCGGACUCAUAUUUGCUCCCUUUCCAAGGUGGAUCUAAGGGAAGGCUUAAAAGUCCUUAUACCCAAGGAGGACAACCUAUUGUAUGCAGCCAGUAUCCGUAGCCUGCAGCCUCCAGACAUAUACAGUGUUGUGAUAGAGGGUGAGAGAGGAAACCGGCCUCGGAUUUACUCCCAGGAGCAGCUGCUACAGGAAGCAGUAGUAGAUAUACGACCUCAGUCCACACGGUGUCUGCCCCAUGGAACUCGAGUCUGCGCCUACUGGAGUCAGAAGUCACGUUGUCUGUACCCAGGGAAUGUAGUGAGAGAUCUUAUUACAGGCUCUUCCAGCGAUGAGGGGGAGUCUGAUUCUGUAACGGUUUCGUUUGAUGAUGGUGAUCGGGGAAGAAUCACGCUGAACAACAUCCGAUUGCUGCCCCCUGACUUCACCAUCCAGUGUACAGAACCAUCACCAGCUCUGCUCCUGUCUGCAGAAAGUCGCAGAACUAAGCGUGUUGCCGGUAACAACACGGUUUCCACAGAACCAGCCCAGGAUACAGAAAGCAGGGAAACAGAAAUCCCAAAGAACAUCAGCAAAAAAGUGUCCAACAAAGAGAAAACAGAGAAAACAGAUGUGUUCAACUCGGGAGCAAAUACACAGCUACCAGUGACCAGCUUCCUGGGCCGCUCUAGUAAUGUGGGAUUAUUAAACUGGGCAUCACAAGGCAAGCGAAAGGGAGGGGCCAGAACUGGAGCAGGACUUCAUGAAACCUUCCAGCAGUCAGGGUGUGUUAAAAACCAGAAAUCCCGUGAACAACCACAUGUGUUUGGAAAUGGGUUUGGAGCUGGUUCAUUUAGCAGCCUGGCAAAUUCUUACUUGCCUUUUGGGGGAAGUGCUAACACUGGGCUUACUCUGAGCCAAAAGCCAGUGCAGACAAAAAAAGUGGAGAGGUCAGAGGAGGAGGACAAAGGAAAGGGGUGCAAGAGAAAAGCAGGCAAUGAAUUCCUAGUUAAGCUUGAUCAUGAAGGGGUCAUGUCACCCAAAACAAAAAAUGGCAAAGCCCUGCUGUUGUGUGAUAAAGACUUUGGGAUCCGUAUUGGGCAACGUUACACUACUCGAACGGGCCUUGGCAAGGACAAGAAACGCAAGCCACCUUUUCAUGAGCAUCUUCCUAUGAGUCUGGCAUUAAGGAAAUACUCUGGGCAGUCAGAGUAUGGACUGAAUUGUGACAGUGACUGCCUCAGUUCAUAUUCGGACCAGGAGGAGGAGGAGAAUGAAGGUGAUUUGCCAGCAAGGGUCCCAUCACAGUUCUUAGCAGGGCUCCCUGCGUCAUCAUCAUCUUCUGGUUCAUCUUCAUGCUCCAGUUCUGGUUCUCUUUCCAGCUCCAGUAUUUGUUCUACAGAUAAUGAGGACUCAUCAGAGAGCUCAGAUGAAGGAGACUCCUCCCUGCUCUUGCAGCCUUGCCUAACACACCCGGUGCCUGCUCUGUUAGCACAGCAUCCUGAGGAUGGGGGCUCCAGCUCCAGAGGGUGCUUUGUCUCAGGGCAAAAGGCCAAACAGAGGAGGAAAGGGCCCUCUUCAAGCUUUUCCAAAACCAAAGUGCCCGCUCCUAAACAGCAAUGCUUACCCUCUGUAGAAAACCGGCCAAAGAUUUCUGCCUUUCUGCCUGCACUGCAGCUCUGGAAAUGGUCCGGGGAGCCCACCCAGAGACGGGGAAUGAAAGGAAAAGCACGCAAGUUAUUUUACAAAGCAGUUGUGCGUGGUAAAGAGACGCUGCAUGUGGGGGAUUGUGCAGUUUUUCUCUCAGCCGGUCGCCCAAACCUGCCCUACAUUGGGCGAAUUGAGAGCAUGUGGGAAUCCUGGGGUGGCAACAUGGUGGUUAAAGUGAAGUGGUUUUACCACCCUGAAGAAACAAAAUUGGGUAAAAGGCACAGCGAUGGCAAGAAUGCGCUGUACCAGUCAUCACACGAGGACGAAAAUGACGUACAAACAAUCUCACACAAGUGCCAGGUGGUGAGCCGUCAGCAGUAUGACAAAUUGAGCCACAACAAGCAUUACCAAGACCGGCAGAAUCUCUACUACUUGGCAGGGACCUAUGACCCGGGAACUGGAAGGCUGGUGACUGCAGAGGGUGUUCCAGUGCUGUGCUGAGGUGGCAUGCAAGAGGCAGUAUGCAGGAGGGUACCACUUAAUAUUCAGCACUUCUUACAGUAGCACAUUACAAAUCUGCAGGUAGCAUGUACAAAUACACAGACUUCCAAUCAAACAUUAAUGUAGGAACUGAUAGGGCUCCCAUCAGGCGCUACACUUAUGUGGAACCUUGGAUUGGUGAGCAGAGCCCUUCAUGUCUUACUGUACUUUGGCUUGAAUUCUAGGUGCCACUGACUGGCUGAGCCCAGCACAGCAGAAUCCAUUUUACUCAUAUGAUCUCUUGCAGCUAAUGCACACAAUGUGAACACAGACACAAAGAGCUUUAUGUGUGUUUGCACAUUAAAGACGCAUGUACAUAAAACUGAUCUUAAAGCCUGCUGUGACACACACCGUGCAUUUCUUUUGUAAGGAUCAAACCUUGAUCACUACUAAUGUGGUCUUACAAAACACUUCAAACAGCUGAAGCAUUUGUGCAAAUCUUUUGCAUCCCAUGUGGUGCAUAGGAUACAUGGAGGAGGCAAUCAAAGAGCUCGUACGUAGGGGUGUGCUACAAAAAAACCUUAAUAAUUUGCAAAUCCAGGCCCCUACCAUAUAACCCCCCCCCCAUCCUUUCCUGACCCCUCUGCCCUUAAACAUUGUGGUUAAAGAAGAGUUUGCAGAAACAUUGCCCAAUAUCUACCCUUCCUCAUAACACAAAAACUAAAUAAUCCCUUCACAGGCAGUAGCGUCUGUAACACUGCAGAGCAUGGGCUGUCGUAAAACAAAUGCAUUACAGACCCAAUGUCCUUGAAGGGCUUGAUGCAGCAGUGCUAGGAAAAACCUUAAUUUGAUUAGUAAUGCUUUCUUUGACACAACUUACAGUAUUAUCUGCUUAUCUCAAGACUGCUGCUGAAUGCCACCGCACAAUAUAACAGCAAGUAAGCACCUUCCCUGUUCUAUACAGGAAAAUAUACAGGGCCCCACUUUUUAUAGAAAGAUAUUGGGGUUGUAGCCUUGGAUAUAUUCAUAACAUUAUUGUUACGGCACCUAGAGUGUGCUCACAAACUAAAUUUGAGUAAGGAGUGUCCAUGACAAAAAAAAGUCCUGUUUCAAGGGGCACAGAACCUAAAUUGGUCUUUAACCAAUUUUUAAUUGUUGAAUAAUGAAAUCCUAAAGCAUGUAGCAAAUUGUACUAUUUCCUAGCAAACAUGUGCUAACUAAGCCUUUUAACAGAAACAUUUUCUUUUCAUUUAAUUUCAUUUGUAAUUACUUGUAAUUUUUUGUGUGUUUUUUUUUUUAUUUCUAAUUUAUGGUCAACAACCUCAAGUUUCAAGCCAUAUUCUCCCCAGUACCUCUUAACAGCUUUUCUUCAUGAAAGGCAGGAUCAGGUGUAAUAUUACUCUAUUUAUUCACUGUGUAAAUACAGAAAUUUCUUUUGGAAUUUUUUUAUUAACAAAAUAAAAAAAAAAAGUGAAAGCUAGUUUAAAUAAUCCCUCCCCCCUUUUUUUUGCUGUUGCUACAAUAUAAAUUAUGCACUGUGCUCCUUCAGCAAAGGCUGAGAAUAUUAGGAAUUCUGUAUAAUUUGUAAUUAUAAUAUGGGUUAAAGAGGAAAAAGCACUUGGGGACUAGGCAGAGACUUGAAGGGGGCAAUGGAAGACAAUUUAAGUAUCUAAACAAAUUGUUGUCACAUUUAAAUGUUUUAUUGUUUAAAAAAACACCAAAAUCCUGGAAAUAUGUAAAUAGGUUGUCUGAAAUAUUUUUUUUUGUGUUGUUUAAGACAUUUUUUAAGGAAAAAUUAAAGAAAAAGUAUUGGGAAUGUCAAUAUGGUCCGAUGGAAUAAAAAAUGGAAAUAUUCUAUAAAUAUAUAUUAUAUAAAUUAA